AUGUCUUCAGCACCAUUAUUACAAAGAACACCUGGGAAAAAGAUUGCUUUGCCCACACGAGUAGAGCCUAAAGUGUUCUUUGCGAAUGAGCGUACCUUUUUGUCAUGGUUGAACUUUACUGUUAUGUUGGGAGGCCUUGGUGUAGGUUUGCUGAAUUUUGGUGACAAGAUAGGUAGAGUUAGUGCAGGACUAUUUACUUUUGUUGCUAUGGGUACAAUGAUAUACGCGCUUGUGACAUACCACUGGAGAGCUGCUGCAAUUAGACGUAGAGGUUCAGGUCCUUACGAUGACAGAUUGGGGCCUACUUUGUUAUGCUUUUUCUUAUUGGUUGCUGUCAUUAUCAACUUUAUAUUAAGAUUGAAAUAUAAUGAUGCUAACACUAAAUUAUGA